AUGGGCAACGCGGCGGACGUGAGCGAUAACCAGGCCACCCCCGACAUGUCGGCGGCCCAGAAGCAGGCCAAAAAGGACGCCGCCGCCGAGGAGGCGGCGCCGGCCUACGCGCCCGCGACGACGGAGGAGAACAGCGUGCUUGCCGGCGAGGACGGCGAGCUGAUCGAUUACAAGACCUUGACGUGGUGGCAGGGUGGCAUCGUCCUCAUCGCCGAGACUGUGUCCCUCGGUAUCCUCUCGCUGCCCUCGGUGCUGGCGACGGUCGGCCUCGUGCCGGGCAUCGUCCUCAUCCUCGUCAUGAGCUUCCUGUCGACGUACUCGGGCCUCGUGCUGGCCGAGUUCCGCAACGAGUACCCCUUCGUGCAGAACUUUGGCGACGCUGUCGAGGUCAUCGGCAAGUCCAUCGGCAUGGGCGCCGUCUUCCAGGAGGUCUUCGGCUGGGCCCAGGUCACCUUCCAGGUCUUCGUCAUGGGCUCCCACCUGCUCACCUGGACCAUCUGCAUGAACACCCUGACCAACUCGUCCACCUGCACCAUCGUGUGGGCCGUCGUCGGCCUCGCCGUCUUUGCCGUCCUCAACUUCCCCCGGACGCUCAAGUACACGAGCUACAUGUCCAUGGCCUCGUGUCUGUCCAUCACCCUCGCCGUCCUCAUGACCCUCGGUGAUGUCGCCGUCAGCCGUCCCAUCGGCAGCGGCAGCAUCGAGGUCGGCCGGCAACUCGGCUUCACCGGCGCGUUCCUGGCCGUCACCAACAUUGCCAUCGCUUUCUCGAGCCACUCCUGCUUCUUCAGCGUCAUCGGCGAGUUCAAGAAGCCCGAGGACUGGCCCAAGGCCCUGGCCCUCCUCCAGAUCGCCGACACGACGCUGUACCUGCUGGCGGCCGUCUGCAUCUACGUGUUCGUCGGCCCCGACGUCCCCUCGCCCGCGCUCUCGGCCGCCGCGUCCAAGACGAUGCGCAAGGCCAUCUGGGGCAUCGCCAUCCCGACCAUCGUCAUCGCCGGCGUCAUCUACGGCCACGUCGCGGCCAAGUACAUCUUCUCGCGCCUGUUCCGCAACACCAAGCACAUGAUCCGACGCACCAAGCUCUCGGGCAUCGCGUGGAUCGCCAUCGUCGUCGGCAUCUGGGCGCUGUCCAUGGUCAUCGCCGAGUCGAUCCCCGUCUUCAACAGCCUGCUCGGCCUCAUCUGCGCCCUCUUCGCCUCGUGGUUCUCGUACGGCCUGCCCGGCAUCUUCUGGCUCUGGAUGCACUACGGCAACUGGUUCAAGGACGGCCGCCAGACGUGCAAGUUCGUCGCCAACGUGUGCCUGUUCCUGACGGGCUUCCUCAUCUGCGUGCUCGGCCUGUGGGCGUCCAUCGAGGCCAUCGCGACGGAGAAGGGCACCAAGCCGUGGACGUGUGCGUCCAACGCGGCGCCGUAA